AUGGCGCCCUCACCUCUUCAACAAAGAAGAACACAUAACACGUUACUUUUUCAGAAACUAUUGAAUCUUAGAGAUGGAGCGAGUCCGUUUACAUUGGUGUUGGAUUCGUUGGAACAGAGUGGGAGGUUGAUUGUUAGGGAGUUUUGGAGGAGGGCUUUGAUCUCUAAGUCGAAGGUCAUCUUUAUUUCUUUCUCUACUCUUCAGAAACGAUUACCUUUUACCCCGGAUGUUUUCGUCUCAGCACAUGGUAAACCACUUUCACAGCUUCGUCGAGAGAUUGUUGCGCAUUUACCUUCACCUACAACCCCUCCAUCGGCAUCUCAGCAAAAAACCCUUCUCAUAAUCGAUAAUCUUCAUCCACUUGCAGCUCACCCAAACCAUCUCUCCCCCUUCCUUUCCUCCCUCAUAAUCCACCCAACUAUAUCCCUCCUCUGCACCCACCACGUUGAUAUUCCCUUACCACCGUCCUCUACAAACAUCAACCCAUACACCCCAAACCCUCUAACAACCCUCCUCUUCCUCGCCACCGCCAUCCUCUCACCCCACAACUUCACCCACGAACUCGCUCGCAAACGCGCACGCGAUAAGUCCGCCCGAGAACCCGAAUUUGGCAUCGCAGAAGGAAAAGAGGGCGUAAUUAAAGGAUUUGGAAAUGGCCACACCCCCGAUGCCAAAAAUGGAGAAAUCGUCCUAACGCUCGAAAUGCGGCGGAAAUCUGGUCGUGGCACUCGCGAAACUUUCAUUUAUACACCACCUCCACAUCAUAGCUCUUCUCCCACGACUAAAGAUCUCGGUACCAUUCAACUCCUCGAUGAACACCCGGCUUUUGCAGCGCCGGAAAUUGGGGAUAAUUCGAUGGCCAAGGGAGGGGAUGAGGGGAUGGAGGCUGAUGUUACGUUUAAUCUAGGCUUGACAGAGAAACAGAAGAGGGAUAGGGAGAAUGUUGUUCUGCCUUAUUUUGAUGCGCAGAAAGAGGGGGGUAUUGGGAGUGGGGGGAAGAUUCUUUAUGAGAUGGGGGCGGAGGAUAGGGAGGAUUUUGAUGAUGAGGAGGAUGAGAUUUAG